AUGGCGAACGGUUCCGGAACAGCUUUCGCCGCUGAACAUCAACUCGAUCAAAAUGCUAAGGAGGCCGAGGCUCGUGUGGCAGCGCGGCGGAAAGCCCGGGCAGAGGGCAGAGCCGCGAGGAUGAAAGUGGUUGAGUCUGUGGACGAAGACGGACGUCCUCGGAACCGCGACGUGAGGGCUGCCUCUAUCGCCUCAGUAUCUUCAAGGCGUAGUUCAGACGCAGACUCCGAGUUCGGCGAAUUCAGUCGAGAGGACCUGGAAGACCAACUCCGGAAAGCGUUGAUUUCGAUCCAUCAGAUGGACUCCGACAAGCAGGCGUUCCAAUAUAUGAUCGAGACGCUUCGAGACGACAUGGAAGAACUCACUGAGAACUUCGUUCAAGUCAAACGGAAACUAACGGACAAAACGCGAGCUUUUGAUCAGUUGACAAGAGACGCGAACCACCUCAAGCAAGACAAAGCAUAUCUCGAGCAUCAAGUCAAAGAACGAGAUCGUCUCGUCGGCGAACACGGUUUAGUGCUCGUUGGAGAAGACGAAGGUCAACUGCAGUUAGUGAGUAAAGACAUGUCCGAAGUUCUCAGGGGUGCCGGUGAGGGAAACCUCGAACGCAAGUUACAAGCCCUCAACGAAGAGAAACAGAGUCUAGAAGAAGAAGUCUCGAGGUUACGCGAAGAUUUACGCGAGGAGCGAGCACGAGUGCAUCGCUUAGAGGACGUAUCGCGGCAAGCUGGUGGACGCGACACGCAGGCGAUUCUGGACGCUCAGAGGGAAGCUAGUAAAGCAGUAUCGGACUACAAGUACAAAUUGAAAAGAGCCGAACAAGAGAUCACAACGUUGACAUCGCAGAACGCGCGACUAGACACCCAAUUGAAGCACUACAAGAGCCAAGCGGAGGAGUCCGAGAAAGCCGAAGAAGAACUCAAGGUCGAGAAACGGAAAAUUCUCCGAGAGCUCCGCGAGGCCCAGACCCGAAUCGAGGAGCUUGAAACGACGAACGCUCACCUACAGAAACGCAUGGACAAACUCAAAACGGCCAGAAGCCAGAUUCUGAGCGAAGCCGCGCGAGACACUUCCCCUCCGCCUAUUUAAAACGGGUCUAAUUUGCAAGCAAUCGAUGAAUCACGUGCAAUUGUCACUCAGUAUGACGGGUUGUGAACUCGUGGAAAUUCCUGUGAAUGCAGUGCAACCCCCUGGCUCUGAAUCGGGAUGUCUCAAUGAAGUUGGGAUAUCUUUGUGAAUGAUUAAUAUUAAGGAGGGAUUGAGAGAGGAAGGGAUUCAACCACAGCCAAGCUUUUUUUGCCACUCCAUCUGUUAGACGGAGAAGCGUGUUGUGUGCCAGGUUCUCGAAGUCGGGACCGAUAACUGACAAACAGACAGACAUUCACAGAGCCGAAAGCUCCGAAUUUUUCCUUCGGAGCUCCAAGCAAACCCACAGACCUCGUGUGUGAAAUACUACAAAACUCCUCUUUUUAGCAACC